AACAACUUGCGCGACGCUUGGACCCGUAAAAACCGACGACCCUUAUCAGUUGCCAACAUGGAAGGCGGACCCACCACACAGUUCGAUAAAUAUACAAAAAUAUGGAGUGGACCAAGGCCGGCGCAUUUCUUUGACGCCGAUUGUUCAAUUGGCAAAAUACUGUUUGCCUUUAUGCGCAAUCAUCCAGCAAGUCUAUGCCAGAUUUCCGAUACGGAGGGCACCGCAUUAACGAAUGGUGAGGCGAUCAGCUUUGCCAUACGCAUUGCCCAGCAUUUGAAGGCUCUGGGUCUGAGGCAGGAUGAUGUGGUUGGCAUUGCUGGGACCAACACCACCUAUUUGAUGCCGUUGGUUUUGGGUUGCCUGCUCAAUGGCACGCCAUUUCAUGCGGUUAGCCCUUGGCAUGAUGAGGCCACAUUUAAGCAUUUGUUUUGCAUCACUCGACCGAGGCUUAUUUUCUGUGAUGGCUCCGUCUACGAGAGACUCGGCGUUGUUGCUAAAAUGCUUAAGGCUCCGGUGUAUACGCUCAAGGAUCAUCGAUUGCAGCUGUCACGCAUCGAGGAUCUAUUGGAGCCCACCAAGACUGAGCUGUAUUAUGUACCUGAACCACUCAUGCUGGGCGGUGAUCAAACAGUGGCCAUACUCUGCACCUCCGGCACAACGGGUCUUCCCAAGGCAGUUUGCAUCUCGAACUCCGCUUGUCUCUUUGAUUUCGGCUUUGUUACCGGUCAGGAUGUGUUGCUUUCAUUCAGCACCAUCGACUGGUCGCCGGGUCUGUUCAACAUGCUCUUCAGCUGCUGCCACGGCUCGACGCGGGUCAUCAGUGAUCGCGCCUAUACGCCGGAAUACAUGCUCCAGCUGAUCGAGAGGUACAAGGUGACGUUGCUGACCUUGGUUCCCCAGCAGGUUGCGUCGCUACUGAAGGCACCUACGCUCAGCCAGAACAGAUUGAACAGCGUGCGAUUCAUUAGCAUCGGUGGAGGAAACUGCUAUGUGGCCAAUCUGCUGAAGCUGCAGGAGUAUCUAUUGAAUGGACAAAUGUCUUAUGGCUAUGCGUUGACUGAAUGCGGUGGGGUGGCAGCAAAUAUGGGCGUGGCAAAGCCCUCAUCGGUGGGCCGAAUUGUGCCUGGCGUGAAAGUGAAAAUACUUGAUGAUGCCGGACGCAGUUUGAGCCAUGGCGAAACGGGUGAGAUUUUGGUGCAUAAUAGCAAAGUGUGGAAUGGCUAUUACGGCAAUCCAAACGAAUCGAAGCACAUACAGGACUACCAGGGUUGGUUUCAUACCGGUGACAUGGGCUACUUUGACAAUGAGAACUUCUUGCACAUUGUCGAGCGUAAAAGGGACAUGCUUCGCUUCCAUGGCGCCCAAUACUGUCCCUACGAGCUGGAGCAGGUCAUUGCCGAGCUACCCGAUGUCAUCGAGGCCUGCGUCUUUGGCCUGUGGAACGAGGUCGAUGGUGAUCCCGCUGCUGCCGCCGUUGUAAAAAUACCCGGCAGUCGCCUCACCGAAAUGGACAUUGUUGAGUAUGUGGCGAAGCGUCUGGUUGUCACCCACAAGCAGCUCCAUUGCGGCGUCUUCUUUCUCCCCGAGCUGCCCAAGACGGGCAGUGGAAAAGUCCUACGCCAACAGGCACGUGACCAGGCACUGGGCAAAAAGUGGUCCGACUAUCGCAAUGGACAUGGACGCUAAGAAUUUCCACUUAGAUUUAAGUUCUUACUAUUAGGCAUUUAGUUAUUUAGAUGACUCACACAUUCCAGUAUUCACAAAUUGAUUGAAUGAUUGCUAUUGUGGUUGUUGUUGUACUGCCAAAACAGAAAAAAAUAAUGAAACGAAUCGGAAACCGGCCAAAAGUUUUUUUAGAUAAUCGAAAGCAUUUAUUUUGGCUUUGUUUUUGGCAUUAUCGUACGCUUAUCUAAAAGAAAUGAUUACCUGCCAGCAUAUACAUUAGGGUGCACCGAUUUUUUAUUUCACAAAAAUUCGUAAUCUACGGCACCCUACGGCACUUAUGUGGAACGAGGGCGACUUAAAAAGUUUAGCAAUAUAAACAAACUGUCUUAGCCAAAAUAUCUAUUGAAGUGAAUGCUAAAUAAUAUUGAGUCUUCACCUUAAACUUGACUUUAUAUGUAUAAUUGUAAAUAAUUAUAAUAAAUGUAAUUGAAGCCACUUAAAA